CCCUGAGCAACAACAAGGGGCACCGGGCGCUUCUGCCGAGCGACGGGCAUAGCAACGGGCAUAGCAACGGGCACAGGGACCCCCUUGGCACCAUGGCCUGGACCUCGUACCAGCUGCUCCUGGCAGGGAUGAUGCUGACGACCGGCUCCAUCAAUACCCUCUCAGCUAAGUGGGCAGAUAACUUUGAUGCCAAAGGGUGCAAAGAGUCCCAGAGUCACCAGUUCCAGCACCCGUUCCUACAGGCGGUGGGCAUGUUCCUGGGAGAACUUUCCUGCCUGGCAGUUUUCUACCUCCUGACCUGGAGGAGCAGAAGUUCCCCGGUUCCGACCAUUGAACCCUCGCAGCCGUUUAACCCUUUGCUGUUCCUCCCACCCGCCCUGUGUGACAUGACUGGGACCAGUAUCAUGUAUGUGGCCCUGAACAUGACCAGCGCCUCCAGCUUCCAGAUGCUCCGAGGGGCAGUUAUUAUCUUCACGGGGCUCCUGUCCGUGGCCUUCCUGGGCCGCAAGCUGGAGUGGAGCCAAUGGCUGGGCAUCGCUGUCACCAUAGCCGGCCUGGUGGUCGUGGGGUUGGCCGAUCUCCUCAGUGGCCCCGCAACUGGGAAAAAUCUCAGUGAUAUCAUUACUGGGGACCUGCUGAUCAUUAUGGCUCAGAUCAUCGUGUCCAUUCAGAUGGUUCUGGAGGAGAAGUUUGUCUACAAGCACAAUGUGCACCCACUGCGGGCUGUUGGCACCGAGGGUCUCUUCGGCUUCGUUAUCCUCUCGUUGCUGCUCAUCCCGUUCUACUACAUCCCGGCCGGGGGUCUCGGCAACACGGAGCGCCACGUACUGGAGGACUCCCUAGAUGCCUUCUGCCAGAUUGGCCACCAACCCCUCAUCAUCCUCGCCCUGCUGGGCAACAUCAUCAGCAUCGCCUUCUUCAACUUCGCCGGCAUCAGCGUCACCAAGGAGAUCAGCGCCACCACCCGCAUGGUCUUGGACAGUCUCAGAACCAUCGUCAUCUGGGUGGUGAGCCUGGCGCUGGGCUGGGAGAGCUUCCACGCUCUGCAGAUCUUGGGGUUCAUAGUCUUGUUGUUGGGGACCGCCCUGUACAACGGACUUCACAAGCCCCUAAUGUGCCGGCGGUGCCGGGAGCAGAGCGAGGAGACUCAGGGGCUUCUGCAGGGGGAACGCGCCCCCAUCAAUGCCGACUGCUGAAAGUCGGGGCCCCCCCUUGGCACUGGGUAUGGGAACAUAUAGCACAGAGAACUCUGGGGGGGGGGGGGUUGUUCAUGUGGCUCCCAUAUCCCUCAUAUAUAGGCUGGGGGUACAGAAUGGGGCAACGUUAAUCCAACGCAACUCGCUGAACCCUGAAAUCUCUGCAGUUAAAGCUGCCUCUCUCUUGGGACCUUGAUUCGGAUCACCCCAAUAUUUAUAUGUGACCCCUUGUGCUCAUAAUGACUGGCACUUCAGGGGCCCCCAAAGCACAGAACUGGGCCCCCCAGGACCCAUACACAAAGCACUUGCAUCGGACUCUGCAUGUUGCACUGGACUGAGAAUUGGGGGGUGAGAGCAGCACUAGGGUGCCCCCCAUUAACCCCCGCCCCGAGUGGGCAUCGAACCCCGGGAUCCAACCACUUUGUGUCUCCUUCUGCUCUUGCCAUGCACAUCCCAUUAACCCCCAUGUUUCCCCAGGUACCCCCAUGUGUCCCCAGGUACCCCCAUGUGCCCCCAGGUACCCACAUCUGCCCUCUUGUGCCCCCAGAUACCCCCACAUGUCCCCCAUCUUCCCCCAUGUGCCCCCAUAUUUCCCCAUAUGCUGCAUUUAGCGCUGGUCACUCAGUGUUCAUGUGACUGCACUUUGGCUCAGCGCGGCCUGUGAUUGGCUGUUAGUUAUUUCCUUGUGUCUUUGGACAAAUCACUUAAUCUCCUUGUGUCCCAGGUUGAAGGAUUAGACUGUAAGCUCCAUGGGGAAAAGGCCAGGUGGGGAUGAUGCACAGUUACCCCAAUGUCCCGUGCAGGGAAUGGGUCAGUACCGACCAGACGCCCCGAUGCACAAAAUAAUAAUAAUUCAUAGGACGGACAGAGAUGAACCCAAAUGUAUCAGAACCGAGAGGCAGUACUGAGAUGAUAUUAAUAUUAUAUAACAUUAUAUAUAUAUAUAAGUGCCUGCUGUGUAACUGCCCGAGGGCCACACGUCCCCCCUGGGCCACUUUCCUGUGUAGCAAAUAAGGGAAUUCUGGGCCCUGGUUCUGAUACUGCUGAUAAAGGGAAACUGUUCUAUGGGAACGGACCGGCUGGUACCACUGGGCCCUGGUUCUGAUACUGCUGAUAAAGGGAAACUGUUCUAUGGGAACGGACCGGCUGGUACCACUGGGCCCUGGUUCUGAUACUGCUGAUAAAGGGAAACUGUUCUAUGGGAACGGACCGGCUGGUACCACUGGGCCCUGGUUCUGAUACUGCUGAUAAAGGGAAACUGUUCUAUGGGAACGGACCGGCUGGUACCACUGGGCCCUGGUUCUGAUACUGCUGAUAAAGGGAAACUGUUCUAUGGGAACGGACCGGCUGGUACCACUGGGCCCUGGUGCUGGUUCCGCUCCUGUAGCCAAAUAAACACGAAAUAAAGUUUACAGAUAUUUGUUA